AUGAAACGAGAGAAUUCUGUCAGGGCUAAUUGGAAAGACCCGGAAGUAUUCCGGCGAUUUAUAGAAUUAUGUUUGAUUGAAGCACGCCCUAAUAAUUACAGUGGAAACAGUUUAAAAAAAGAAUGUUGGGAACGAAUUAGAUCAACUUUGAAAGCUGAAAAUAAGGGCGAUUUUACGCAAAGACAAUUGAAGAAUGAAUGGGAUUAUUUGAAACAAAAAUAUAUAAUUUGGGCAAGACUCAUUGGUAACACAGGGAAUACUCAUUAUGACCCUGUUACCAAUACCAUCAAUUGGACUUCAAAGCAAUGGGAAGAGUACUUAAAGGAUAAUCCCAAAGCAAGCAAAUUUCGUUUUAAUCCACUGGAAUAUCCAAAUGAAAUGAGGGCAUUAUUUGAUGGUAUUGUGGCUAGCGGAAAAAAUGUGUGGGGUCCAUCUAAAGAGGGAUUACCACAGGAUGGUCUUGAAUCUUGUUCACAGACAUGUAUCAAUUUGGAAACGGAAGAAAUUGAUAUGGCCUCUUCUUCAACUAAGAAAUCAAAACAGGAAAUCAAGAGUGAAGGCAAACAUCCAAAAAAAACCAAUGUUGAAAAACUACAUGAUGUUGAUAGUCAGUUAGAUGAAUGUUAUUGA